AUGGCGUCGCGGUCGCGGCUGUUCAAGGAGUUGAAGGAGGCACAGCGGGAGGCACGGGUUGAGUUGAAGGAGGCGCAGAGGGAGGCAAAGGGAUCAGCCGAUGCUGACAUCAUCCUGAGCUGUGAUGAGAGCAACAUCUACAGAUGGACGGCCCUCAUCAAGGGCCCAGCUGACACGCCUUAUUACGGAGGGCAAUUCACCCUCACCAUCAACGUGCCCCAGCAGUACCCUCUUGUUCCGCCCCAAGUGCGGUUCGCUACCAAGGUCUUCCACCCCAACGUGCACUUCAAGACGGGGGAGAUCUGUUUGGACAUCCUCAAGACGGCAUGGAGCCCAGCUUGGACCCUCACAUCCGUGUGUCGCGCCAUCAUCACUCUCCUCUGCCACCCCGAGGCCGACAGCCCACUCAACUGCGACUCAGGCAAUCUGAUUCGAGCAGGUGACAACCGGGGCUAUUGCUCCAUGGCUCGCAUGUACACUAAACUCCACGCCAUGCCGCCCGCUGCCAGAUGA